CUAUUGUGCAAUUUAGUAUCUAAAAGAACAUCACACGAGAUUGACCAAGAAGAGUAAUAAGUUCCAAAACGGAUUUAGAGUUUUAAAACUAAUUUCGAAUUCAUUAUCUUUGUGAAAAAAUUUUACGCGACUCAUUUACGUCUUACUACCCAUUAAAAGUAUUUACUUACAUAUACAUAUACAUAUGUGUGUAUAUAUGUAUGUAAAAAAUUGCUGCAAAAAAAUUUAAAACGCAAAAGCACGAGAAAAAUUGUUGUGUUUAUAAAUGAAAAUAGAAAAUACGUGCAAGUCAAAUAAGAUCGUGCUAUAACAAACAUUGUUUUCAUUAUAUUUAAAGAUUGAAGGAAAAUAUCAAAUAAAUCAAAAUGUCUUGGAGAUAUACGCCUUCCACUGACAGGUACAGCACCUAUAUAGGGGAGAGAUACAGUCCAUUAUAUUAUCAGGUAUAUCCGCCGAGUCGAUUGGAGUCAACAAGCUCAGACCAAACUACCGGCCGCCAAUUACAAAGAGUUCUUCAUUACUCGGUUGCACCAUGUAGAAGUUUCCCCGGUCUGCGAAGGACAGAAUGUUCUUUUCAUGAAGUUGAUUGUGAUGAGGUGUAUCCUGGUAUUUUCAUUGGUGAUGUAGCUUCAGCAAAAAACAAAUCAUUUCUACGAAUGAUGGGUAUUACACAUGUCUUAAAUGCUGCGGAGGGUUGUCGUUACGGCCAAGUGGACACUGGACACAGUUAUUACCGCGACAUGCCCAGCAUAAGAAGAAACAACAAAGAUACUUUUUUCAGGUAUAUGGGAUUCCCAAUGGUUGAUGCCCCUACCACAGAUAUUUCCCGAUAUUUUUAUGUGGCGGCAAAAUUCAUAGACAGCGCUAUUAGCAGUGGAGGUAAAAUUCUUGUGCAUUGCUUGGUGGGAAUGUCUAGGUCUGCUACAUGUGUAUUGGCAUACCUGAUGAUUUGCCGCAAAAUGUCCGCUGCAGAUGCGAUACGGAAGGUGCGUAUGCGACGUGAGAUUCGACCAAACGAAGGAUUUUUACAACAAUUAGCCGACCUGGACGUGGAACUUAAACGAAAAAAUCUCUAUCCCUAUUGAAAUAAUUGAGUUGUUAUGACAACGUUGUUAAAACAUUUAGUACAACUAACUUUGGAAUUUACUUACUAAAAAUAUUAACAAAACUGAAAUGUACAUACUUAUAAUAAUGUAAUAAUACAAAGCUUACUGCUAGUCAGUACAUCUAAAGUCUUAUGAUAUCAAAUCAGGUACAGAUGAUUUUUUUAAUUUGAGUUAUAUCGAAUUAGGUUUACAAAUAAGUCAUAUAUGUUUAUGUAUGUAUAUAUAUGUAAGUGAUAAAUAAGUACUGUCAACGAAUAUUAUAAAAAAGGACCGAACAGUGAACAACAUUAAUAAAGAAAUGUUAAUUAGAAAAACUUAA